AUGUCACCAGAGUCCCCUUCCCGCCCCGAGCCGACCCAGCGCCUGCAGAGCCGCGCCCUCCCUUCGAGAUCUGCCGGGGACCCGCUAACUCGCCCAGUCUCCCCCGAAAAGACUGGAGGCCGUGCCAAGUUACCGCCCCCCUCUGGGCAAAGCAGAAACCCCAAUAAAGACGCUGGUCUCCGCUGUAAACCCUUCCGUCCCCAGCAGCCCACCAAGGCGGUCCCGGCCCCUGCAGGACGCAGAUACAUCGCCCUCUCGCCCGGAGACCCCGAUAAACAGACGGAACCCCAAUACACUGCUUCUUUAUCCCAGGAAUGCGAAACGAGACGCCCACUCUCGCUCAAAGGACCCCCAAAACCUCAUGGAUCUGAACCGAAGGGUCCUGAUAAAUCUCCUUCGACCCCGAAGACCCGGGACCCAAUCUGCUGCCAGCCACCACCACCCCAAGCCGGAAAAAAACCCGGACCCCCAUUAAACCGCCUCCUCACCCCGAGGAGCCCUGGCACCCGCUACACCGCCCUUGGGCGCCCGCACCCGGAUCCCACCCCACUGCCUCCUCGACCCCCGCACUCACGAACCCCUCCAAGCCUCGCGCCCACCAGGCAGCGCCGCGCUGCCCGCGGAGCCGCCCCCGUCGGGAGCCCCCCUGCCCCGGCUGCUCCGUGUCCCCGCUCCCCGACCGCUCCUCAGCGAAGACGAGCUCCGGGCUUCCUCACCUGGGUAGCGUCGGAGGGCAAGAGGACCGGGGAGCCCUCAGGAAGAGAAAGAGGCGGCAGAGAAGGGGCUGCCCAGGCCUGCGUCUGCCGCAGCUCCAACCCCUCCGCGAGGAAGCGCUUGUGUGAGGAGAGCCCUCCCGCUCCGCGCGCAGCCGGGAGACGGAGCCACAGCCGUGCCCACCGCUCUUCCCGCGAGAUCCCAGCCACAGCGAGGGGCGGGGCCCCGGCGAGGGGCGGCUGCAGAGGAUCGAGUGACAACCCCGAGAGCCUGUCUGCGGCGGGGCAGGAGGCGGGACUUGGAGCCUAA